ACCCAAAUAAGUGCAAUCGAGCAGAUCAGUUAGUGCGUAGUUGAACUCGGUUGUACUUAUACUUGUUGCCUAAUAAUAAUUGUACGAACGAUGGCUGGUUGGUCAUUUUUUUUAGCAAUAAUCGUGUCGUUGCAGGUCGUGCAGGAUGGCGUCCAUUCGUGUACACUGCGAAGUCACAAAGCUCCGGGGCCGCAGUCAGCGUGUUCCACUCCUGGUGCCGCCGAUCCGUCUCCAGCGAUUCCGCGCCGCACACCGGCCUCGUGCGCAACACCGACACACGGACUGCACUACCCCGACGCGUUAAAUAAAAUUCCAAGUAUUACGUCUUCGCUAUCAAAUCCAGUUCCUGCUGCCGCACUUCCGCCGGUCCCGGUGCCGCACUACUUAGCGCCCGUUUCGGCGAGCACUUCCGGUAACGACCGAAUUCUUAUUGAUCUCUUGCUCGAGUAUUUCGCUGCACUGGAACCGCCGCGCCGGUUACCGUUACCGCCGUUGAGCUCGUCACCUCGUGGUUUCACGCCUGCAAGUUUGCCUGUACUAUUAACGCCUACUCCUUAUCCUGUAACGCCUAACCCGCAGAUUGGCCAGGCUGAACUACAACAGUUCCUUUCACUUUUGUUGUCUGUUUCAGGACCCGGCUCCGUUUUACCCAUAAAUCCCGCAGUCCCCUCAGACCGUUUACUCCCGUCUCUGUCGCCCGCUCCGCCGGCGCAUACCACUACUCCACCCCCCGCCACCGUAUCUGCAAACGCUAUACCCGAAGCGGCGACAACGGAAGCAACAGCAACGGCGCCCGUUGACGAGUCAUCGAAACCGACGUCCGCACCGGAAACUGUGCCGGCCUCGCCGCCAAGCUCAGUUCCGGCCACGGACCCCGCGGACAGCGUACCCGCAAACGACGCGGUCGGGCCAUCGGAUCCCGGGUCGCCCAACGUCCCAGCAGUUUCAGCUCCUAUCAACGCGUCCGACUCUACUCUCGUCGCACCGGAAGCUUCCGGUUCUACGUUAGAAGCGAUCCCGGCACCGGCAACGAACACCGUACCGGCCCCAGAUUCGGUCCCCGCUUCAAGUUCCGCGGACGUAGCGUCAUCGGCGCCACCUCCGUCCGACAUUACGACGCCAAGCGUAGUAUAAAUCCCUGCAGUCGACGACACUUACCGUGUUUUCCGUCUAUGGUCUAUACAUACUUAUGGUACUGGUUCGAUUCUCCUAUGUAUGUAUAUAGUACAGUAUAUACAAGCUAUGUACUAUAGUUUAGUACAAAUAUUUAUAGUUGUCGACCAAAAUGUCUUAUCAAACAAAAUAUUAUUUGGGUAUUUAAUAAAUUUAUAAUUUUUGCGUUUUACAUAUCUAA